UCAGAUGCAGAGACAGGUAAGGGGGAUAGAGAAAAGGGGAGAGAGAGAAAGAUGAAGGAAUAGAGAAAAGUAGACCAGACGUGAAUAAGAUAAACAAAAACAAAGAGAGAUUAAGAGAAAUGGAAAGACAUUUGGCAAGAACAGCAGAAGAGGGCAGAAAAUAACAGAUGAAACUAGGAGAAACUGAAACAAGUGAUUAGAAGAACUAGUAACAACAGUAAAAACCAGGAGAGACCAAGAAGACCUAGGGAGACCAAAGCAAUCAAGAAGAGCCAGGAGAAACCAAGAGAAAAAACAGCAAAGACAAAGAGAGAGCAAAGAGAACAGAAAAUGUGAGGGGAAACCAAAUGAGACCAAAGAAAUCAAGAAAGGCCAGGAAAGGCCAAAACACAAAGAAGUGACUAAGAAAACAUAGGGAUGAUGAGGAGAGAAUAAAAAAAGGAACGAAAGAGAUUAUAAAAAGUAAAACAAGAUCAAAUAUAUUGAAAGGAACUAAAAGAGAGAGAGAGAUAGUAAGAAAGAAAGAGAGACUAGUGGUAAGAGCAGAAGGAAACAUUCCAGAACCUCUGUGGUGUAUUUUGCUUUUAGGAGAUUCUUUGUCCCAAAAUCAGGAUGACUGGCUUUGAUAAGGACCUGCCAAACAAGCUCCGUCUUGAGGAGAAGAUCAAACUACACCACCUGGAGCAACUGAUGCAACACUUCCAGUGCCAUAAACCAGAUGAUAUAAUAUUGCACAAGGACUGUGGUUACUUCACAUCUUCCCAGGUGGAGAAACGUAAGCCAGGAUGUAUGAAUCAGCAGGAAUUCAAUGAAGCAAUCGCCAAAGUUUUAGGAACUGAAGAAUACCGAGACUACAUUGAGAAACUAUUUACUAAGCUGGACACCUCCUGCGAUGGCUAUGUGGACUGGAAUGAGUUCUGUACCUACCUCCUCUUGCUCUACAGAGAAAAUGACUACAUUCGCACAAAGAAGGAAAUACCAUUUCUUCAGGAGCCAAAGAUCAGACACGUAGUGCCAAAUAGACAAGAACCUACCACCAAGAUAUUGGUAACCGACAGUCCUUGUCGAUAUAUUACAGUUAGCAAGGAAGGAGCCUUCAGUGUGUGGACACCAAACAUGCAGCUUGAUCGAUCCUAUGACAUAACAGCCAAUGACAAAGUGGAGUCAACUGGUACCAAAAGAAGGUUUAAGAAAUGGGUUACUGAUGCCAUCUACAUGAACAACUGCAACAAAAUUGUGGUGGGCACCAGCAGCAGGGAGCUAAGAUUUUAUGAUAUCUCCACCAGCCAUUUCUUUGAAGAGUUCCAUCUCUUUGGAAUGUCUGAUGUGCCAUAUUGUUUUGACUACUGGUAUGACAAAGCAAAUUUAAACAGUGAAUCUCUGUUAGUGUGUGGUUUGGAUUCUGGAACUCUUGGAUUAUUCUACUUUAAAAAGCCAGUUACUCAGCUCUUUGAGACCCCUUUUAAAAAUGAACCUGGAGCUCUGAAGGUUUUCAUACAGGAUUUGAAAUCUCAACAUUCCAAGUGGGUGAGAUAUACCUGUCUACCUGCACUCCACUCUGAGAUGAUCCGACAGGUGAAAUAUCUGCCAGAGAAUGGUGCCAUCAUUUCAUCCAGCAGUUGCCCAAACAGUUCUCUGUUGAUAUCUGACAUCAACAGGUUCAAACAGACCUAUGUCUUCAAAUCCCCAAAGGGAGUUGAAUGUUUCGACUACAACAAAAGCAUAAACAUCCUUGUUAGUGGAAGCGCAAACCACAACGUCCAGUUAUGGAACCCUUACAUGACCAGUAAACCAAUUGCAAUCCUGCGGGGUCAUAAUACAGGAGUCAUUGCGGUGGCUCUACACAAGGCAUUGCUGCAAAUUUUCAGUCUUUCACGUGAUGCUGUCAUCAAAGUAUGGGACCUGAAGGAACACACUUGCUUACAAACAAUAGCUAUGAAAUUUCCCAGCAGCAUUCAUGGCCGUGUACCUGAACACGGACAGUUCCCAAUGUGUCUUUUAACUUCUCCAAACCACAACUGCCUUCUGGUCACCUGCAAUGACUACAUAGGUCAGCUAAGCCUAGGAAAUACAACAAAGAAUCAGCUGACCACCCCGGUCACUCAUGAUACUCAGCUUUGCUGUGCACUUUACAACCAAUUCUUUAAACAGGUGGUAACUGGUUGUGAUUCAUCUACCAUUGCUGUCUGGGACAUCGAAGCUGGAAGUAAGGCAAUUGUUUUUUCCAAUGCUCAUGGAAAUGAAGAAAUCACAUGCAUGAAGUUUGAUGCCACAUGGCGUCGCCUGUUGACUGGUGCCAGAAAUGGAACAAUAAAGGUAUGGAACUUCCAAAAUGGUCAUAACCUGCAUAAACUGGAACCGGUCGCUGAUGCUGAUGUCACUGGUCUUUUAGCCCUCAAUGACCGUAAAGUUAUUCUUGCAGUUGGCUGGAGUCGUUUAAUUACUCUGUACGACGAUUCGGAUCCAGACAAUAUGUAUGUGACUGCAGAUUUAUCAUGGAGAGGUGGCCAGUUACACAAAGAUGACAUCUCCGCUAUGGACCACUGUCCACCCAACCUGUUGGCAACUGCCAGUUUUGAUGGAAUUGUAUAUAUUUGGAAACUAGAGACGGAAAAACUCCUCAUGAAGAUAAUUCACCAAAAUGAUGGAAACAACUUGCAACCAAUUCCUGUAGAUGUUGUCAUGUUUUUGAAGUACAGAGCUUUGAAGUUCAGAGAUGCUGCAACACUUAUUUCUAGUGUCUCUGGAAACUUCCAUUGGUGGAAUAUAGCGACAGAAUCUAUAGAAUUUGGCAGAUGUUUAAUGGCUGAAAAUAUUGGCGACUCAGUGGUUGGAAUGUGCACCAGUACAGAUGAUCAAAUUCUAGUGACAGCUGACUCUUCAGGCUUCAUCAAGGUUUUUGACAUACAAGAUUAUUGCAUGACUAAAAGCCAACACCUGGUUACAGAGCCACCCAGGACACUUCAUAGCUGGAAAGGCCAUGAAGGCACUGUUGUAAGUGUGGAAUAUAUUAACCAUGAUGCAGGCAUAUUUAUUUUAAGUGCUUCUGUCGAUAAAACGGCAAAAUUAUGGACGAUUUGUGGGGAUUAUAUUGGAACAUUUGGCCAGAAGCACCCUUGGGACUUAAAGUCACCUAAAACAUGGGGUAACAAAGAUAUAUCACAAAUUAAUGAAGAUGAAAUUAAACGCGAUUUAGACACAACAAGUGACCAUUCCCUGGAAGUUUCACAGACUUCUCAGAAUAAAGAUUUUGAUUUUCCGCCAUCUCAUUCUUCACCUUUUCCCGACCUUCAACAAUCAGAAUCUAUUAGAACAAGUACGGCAUUACCUGGACACCCAGAAAAUGACCAGAGUUCAGUUCCGGCUAAAACGAGACAGGACAGUGUAAAUAAUGGAAAUACAGAAGAUGUAAUUAUGAACAAUGGUUACAUGAGUAAAGAAACACUCCACGCUAUGUAUGUGAAGGAGAAAAACCUGACAUUCACGUGUGAACAGAACAAGGCUUUGCGGCCAUUUUUAGGAGCUAAGGUCCUGUGCGAUCUUCAAAGAAGGAGACAAGAUCGUUGUGACCGAAGACAACAAUAUGGUGACAUCAAUACUAAACAAAUGGCUCGAUUCGGCAAAAUCUGCACACCUUUCCAAGUGUUGUCAAUGCCUGGAACGGCAGAAGAAACUGUCCUGAUGGAAGAAAGUUCCAGAAUUCUAACAAAAUUCGAAAAUGAUGUAAUGACCGUAUAGUGCGUGGCAGCAAGCAGUUUCUAUGACAUCGUGUCAGUUGUAUUUCCAAGCAUCAGAAUAGCUAUUAUGAACGUGUGGCCACGUCAUUCCAUUGAAAGAAUUCUUCUCUGUACCAAAAAUAACCAGACUUUAAACAUUGACCAAUUGUGUGUGUGUGUGUGUGUGUAUGUGUGUGUGUGCAUAUAUAUAUACGUAUAUAUGAUAUAAAUGUGCGAAAUUGAACAGUACCGAUUGGUCAAUAACUCCUGAAGAAUUAUGGACCUUCUGUUUGUCGCCCGUUCGUUUUUACAUUCAGUAUACAUUACAUCAUUUGUCUAUACAUUUUUUUUCAUUUAUCAAGUAAUGGAACGCAACACACACCGAAUUUAUAUAUAUAUAUAUAUAUUCACUUAUGUAUUUUUUUGUUUCCUGCUUCACGUGGAUCGAAAGGUAAAAUAUUAGAAUCAGCUGUGCGUCGAACAAAAUACCUUGUGCAUUUGGUUACAUCUCUUUACUUUCUGACUUCAAACUCCGCCCAUUGCCGUUUUGCUUUAGAACCUGCUGUUCCUAUAAUAAUAGUGGCAACGAUACAGAUCUAAUUUGCCGCCUGGUUCAUCAUCAUCAUUUGAACUGGUUCCUGAGUUUUUUUGGGUUUUUUUUUAGCAGAGUUUAAUCUGAUGCAAGUAUUUGAGCAAGGUCUCCAGUCUGAGGAUAAACGUGCUGCUUCUUAAUGCACAGUCAGAAUUUCUGGUUUCUUUAUCCAUUUCCCAACCAGUAUCAGAGACUUUGAAUAAGCCGUUUAAAACAUUAACUCUACCCUUAAAGACGGCGUUCCGUUAGUUGUGACCACAGUCGAAUGACUGAAACCAAUAAACAUGUAAAAAAAUAUAAAGAUGUAAAAGAAAAUAAUAAUAAAUAAGCUUUUUCUUUCUACUCUA